AUGGAGGUGCAUAGAUGGAACGGUGCGAUCGCUGCCAAAGCGAUUGACGGUGAUGGUGGUGAUGAAGUGUUGAUUUGCAGGGGCAUGCUGCUGCUGCUGCUGAGUGUGCUGGUGGCCUCGGCGUUCUGCGUGCUCGGUACGUGUGCUGCUUCUCGGGAAGCCGAUGAAUUUGUCACGUGCACGUCGGUGGUUAAGCUUAAAAACAACCAGGAUGGAGUUCGACUGCAUUCGCAUGACGUAAAGUACGGUUCGGGCAGUGGCCAACAGUCGGUGACAGCAGUCCAGGACGGCGACGAUGUGAAUUCAUACUGGCAAAUACUUGCUGACAAAAUUGCACGAAUUUCAGAGGGACGAGUUUAUUAA